GAGGCACGGUCUCCCGUGGAAGCCGCCCGCCGGUUCGCACAAAGACGCCAAGUCCAAACGGGCGCACGUCCGACCCAGCAGUCACCAUUGAGGGCCGCAUCAUUCCCUACAACGACAACAGCCGCCCAAUCUUCCUGCAGCGCAACGGCCAUGCAGUCCCGCUACUCCUCCCCGCCUCCGUUAACCGUGGUCACCUCGCGCUGCAAGCCCGCAUCAACGCCGAAGCUGGGAAAUACGUCGAGACUGCUGACUUCGUACGCACGAUACCCAGCCACACGUCCAACGCUGCUGCCUCCGCGCUCUUCUUCGCCCACGUCGUGGCGGUUCGCCAGCACACGACCUUCAUCAUCCGCCAGGCCGAACAGUUCAUUGGUCCAGAGGUCGACUCGUCGGAACCCAGCCUCACGACCGAUGAGGCCGUCCAACGGUUCGAGCAGGUUCUCGUCCAUCAACCGUUCGGCAUCCAGCCUGUCGCCCGCCUGGACAACACUCUCGCCCGCAACGCUUACCUCCGUACCACCGAAGCACGCUUUCUUGAGGCCCUGGCCGACUACCUCAAUGCAACAGGAUGA